AUGCAUAUGAAAUCGUUUAUAACGCGAGUCUUCGACAAAAUCCAAGAGAAAUAUGACUCGAAAGACGAUACGACGACACCGACGAUGGCGUUGAAGCCCACGUACGACGGAUUGUGCGAUCGCUUGACUCGCAUGUCAUUAAUUGAUCCCAUUUUGAAGCGAACUCUAAAUGUGUUGACUUAUCUGGUAUUGAAUGCAAAGCUAUGCAAAGCGUUGAUCGAGUUGUGCGAACCCAAUAGCGGUGAUGUCGCCAUUUUCAACAACUUAUAUCAAACCACUUUAAUUGGUUUACUUCUUAGCAUAUCAUGUCUUCCGCGACCACUCAACCCGAAGCCGGAGUUCUUUCUGAAUCCCUCGCAGUAUUCACAGCACGAAAACGAAAUGACGGAAAAGAAUUUGGGUUUUAAUCUCAAUGCACUGACCAAUGGUUUUCACGCCAUUAUCUUAGCUCUUCUCAAACCACACGACACCCGAACGCAGACAUUGCUGUGGAUCGAGAAGUGCUUGGAUUCGUUCAAAGACAGGGCCAAGACGUGGACCAACGAAAUGAUGUUUAUGACGGGAAGCGCUCACAACUCUUCGGAUGGUUUCAUGAUUAACUUGUCGUCAGUUUUGCUCAAACUUUGCAAACCGUUUUGUAUUCCCGUCUCUAAUAAGCUAUUGAAAGUGGACGCGCGUUACUGUCGGCUCAAACAGAGCGGCUAUAAGUCAUAUCUGGAGGCCAUCGCCAGCGAAGCCUUUCUCAUCCCUUCAGAACAGAUUAAUGGCGACAAAUUUGAGAUCAAUUUUAUGACUCAAUGCUUUGCCAUCGCCAGCGAAGCCUUUCUCAUCCCUUCAGAACAGAUUAAUGGCGACAAAUUUGAGAUCAAUUUUAUGACUCAAUGCUUUGUGGCCACACAUAAGGCGCUGCACUUAGGCUUUCGUGUGGUUCACGAGAGGUUCUUGAAGUUAGUCCGCGAUUUGAAUCAAAUGCAAAGUCUUUACAAUGAGAUGAACGCUCAGUCUUCUGAAUCAGAACCCAUACAAACACUGCGAAAACGUAUGGAUAGAAGUGUGACUCAAUUUUUGGCCAUUAAGACAAUGCUUACCGAAAAUGACUUCUUGGAAACCACUCUAAUCUUUCACAUAUCGACAGCCAUUUGGUUAAACAAUUUGGCCAUCAAUUCAAACGAAAUGGAAGCGUCCAAAGCAUUCAAACCGAUUUCACUCCCGAUUUCACACGACUUUGAGUCUCAAUGUCUCAAAUCUGUUCCCGAAUUUAUAUUGGAAAAUGUGUGCGAUUUUAUCACUUUUGUCAAACACUUCAGCGCAAAGACUUUCGCUUUACCACACAUUGAUUUGGAGCCAUUCAUGUCUUUGAUUAUCAUUUUUAUGGGAUCUCCAGAACGACUGAAAAACCCUCACUUGAGGGCCAAAUUGGCUGAAAUGCUAGAAUCGCUGAUGCCUUCCAUUCACGACAACAUUUCAUACAGUGCAACUGAAAGACUCUUUACAAAUCAUCCGCUGAACAAUGAAUUGAUUCCGACGCUAAUCCAUGUGUUCGUAAGUAUAGAGAUAUCGGACGCGAGCGGCGAAAGUGUCGCUUUUGAGCAGAAGUUUGGUUACCGAAAGCCGAUGUAUAUUGUGUUGAAAUAUCUGUGGAAUAAUGAAGAGCACAGAAAGCGAAUGAAACAAAUGGCGGACUUCGCGCAGAACAAUAUGGAGGCUAUCGUUCCGCCGCUAUUCCUCCGGUUUAUUAAUUUGCUUAUCAAUGACGCCAUCUUUCUCUUGGAUGAAGCGCUCAGUUAUAUGAGUAAAUUACGGGAACUCCAGAUCCAGAGAGACGGCGGGCAGUGGACUGAAUUACCGGCUCAACAGCGCGAACAAAAUGAGGCCAACUUUCAACACACGGGCCGUUUGGCCACAUUUCAUAACAUCAUCGGAAGGAAUACAAUCAAUACGUUGAGUUGGAUUACCGAAGAGAUUAAGAGUAUAUUCAGCGAUAAGACACUCGUGGACCGAAUGGCAUCGAUGCUCAACUACUUUCUCCUCCAUUUGGUUGGACCGCAAAAGCGUAACCUAAAGGUUAAGGAUCUGAAACAAUACGAGUUCACUCCCAAAGACAUUGUUCACGACAUUUGCGCCAUAUAUGUGAACCUCGCCAAUGAAAGUAACCCCAAAUACAAGCACUUCUGUUUGGCCGUCGGCUCCGACGACAGGUCCUAUUCUGCGGAUCUGUUCCCCGCGGCCGCAGACGUCCUCAUUAAGUCUGGUUUCGUCAGUCUCUCCACUGAGACGCUAGAAGUGGCCAAAUGUGUGGACAUUCUGUUAGUACACCACAGGAGUCGCGAAAUCAAUAUGAAUGAUGUGCCCGAAGAGUUCACCGAUCCUAUCAUGAGUUCCCUAAUGAGCGAUCCCGUCAUUCUCCCCAACUCUGGCGUCAGAGUUGACCGCUCGACCAUUGCUCGGCAUUUGCUCAGUGACCAAACGGAUCCGUUCACUCGGGCGCCGCUGACCAUGGAUUUGGUGGUUCCAGAUAUUGAACUCAAGCAACGCAUUAAGGCUUUCGUUGAAGAAAAACUUAAAGCGAGAGAACAAACGACUAAAUAGUUAAUAUAUUAAAUAAAACAAUAAGUGUAUAAUCUUUUGUAAAUGUUAUUCAAAUUGUUUAUUAAUUUCUGAUAUAUAUUUGUUGUGAAAAAGUUUAUUCAAAUUUUAUAUGAAUUCAGAUUAAAAUAUUUUCCAAAAUAA